CCCCCCCCUCACUGUGCGCUCUGGUCUUCUUCUGCGCGUUCUGUCUCGCCUCGGACAAACUGCGGCGGAGCGCUGGAUCACCAAAAGUUUGCCCAAUCGGUUUAGAGGUACCGAGCUUGGGGACGGAGUGGUUCGGUGUUGGUUUUUCUGGGGAUUUGUGUGUAGUCCCUCUUUUAGUUCUUUUGCAGUUUAACCAUGGAGAGUCUUAGAGCUCUCCUCGCGCUGCUGUGCGUUUUUCUGGCUGGAGCGCAAACGCAAAUCCAAAGAAACGUGUUUUCGGAAUGUCCGGUUGACCUUUUCUUUGUACUGGAUACAUCUGAGAGUGUCGCCCUCAGACAGAAACCUCCCGAAUAUUAUAUUAACCAGCUCAAAGAUUUCACCAUUGAAUUCAUAGAUGAACUCAAGGAAAUGCAGCACCGCUGUGACCGCACCCUGACGUGGAACUCAGGUGCACUGCACUACAGUGACGAAGUCAAACUUGUACGACAUCUGAGUGACAUGAGGACUCAACGCGCCGCCCUGAAGGCUGACAUCCAAGGCAUCGCCUACAUCGGCAAGGGCACAUAUACUGACUGUGCCAUCAAGCAGGGCCUUGCUGAGCUGCUCUCCAGCGGCUCCCACUACCAAGACAACAAGUACAUCGUGGUAGUGACUGAUGGCCAUCCUAUUACUGGUUACAAGGAGCCAUGUGGAGGCGUGCAGGAGGCUGCUAAUGAAGCCAAGCAACACAGAGUUAAAGUGUUCGCCGUUGCCAUCUCACCUGACCAGGAGGACACCAGGCUGUCACUCAUUGCCACAGACCCGUCCUACAGACAGAACUUUACUGCUGCAGAUGAGUCCAGAUCCACCAAGACAAAAACCAUUCGUACCAUCAUCGAUAUGAUCACAAACGAGACAAAGGAUGCGUGUUGCUCUUUCGAAUGCAAUGCUCCGGGAGGGCUUCCAGGGAAAAAUGGAGACAUUGGCGCUAAGGGAGAAACAGGUAGACCAGGGAUGCCAGGAGAGAAAGGAGAUGUUGGUGACGUGGGCAACGUUGGAGACCCUGGUCCUGUUGGUUAUAGUGGAAUGAAGGGAGACCAAGGUGGCAAAGGAGAAAAGGGUGAAAGAGGACACAAAGGCUACAAGGGCGACAAAGGUCGAAGUGGAAUGGAUGGAACUGAUGGACGCAAGGGUGAACCGGGUUUCGCUGGUCUUUCUGGCUGUAAAGGAUCUCCCGGAUCAGACGGCAAGCAGGGAGAGCCUGGACCAAAGGGAGACCCUGGUCCUUAUGGACAGAAAGGAGGAAAGGGAGAUCCUGGAAGAGACGGGGAACCAGGAAGGCCUGGAAACUAUGGCAAAAUGGGACCUCCGGGUGAGCCGGGCCCUCGCGGAAACAACGGGGACAAAGGAGAGCGCGGUGAUGAUGGUGCACCUGGACAGGAUGGAGCUCGCGGCGAGAGAGGACAAGUUGGAGAGAAGGGCGAGCCAGGUUCCCGUGGAAACAGAGGUCCAAGAGGAGACCCGGGGGAGCCAGGACCCCGUGGAGAGCAGGGGAGGGAGGGCUCAGCUGGCCCCAACGGAGACCCUGGCGAGCCUGGCAGGGCCGGAUCUCCUGGCUACAGAGGAGAUGAAGGCCCACCUGGACCUGAAGGACCCAAAGGGCCGAGAGGAAUCAAAGGAGCUCCGGGAGACAGAGGCCAGCUGGGGGAGAGGGGAGAAGAUGGUGUGCCAGGAAAUGGCACUGCAGGUUGUCCUGGUUUCCAGGGUUAUCCUGGGCCCCGCGGAGACCCUGGUGAGCCGGGUGGCAAAGGAACCCCUGGACCCAAAGGAGAUGACGGAGAUGCCGGAGAUCCAGGCCCCGAUAACAACCAACCAGGACCUUUAGGACCUAAAGGGGCCAAAGGUCACAGAGGACCCGAGGGCAAUCCGGGACCUCCUGGGCCUCCUGGACCACCAGGAACUGAUGAAUGUGAAAUUCUGGAUAUCAUCAUGAAGCUCUGCUCUUGUUGUGAGUGCAAGUGUGCCGCUAUGGACCUAGCGUUCAUUGUGGACAGCUCAGAGAGUAUCGGUGCCACAAACUUUGCUCUCGCCAAAGACUUUAUCAUCACAGUCAUAGACAGACUGACAAAAGACCAGCAACUCAAGUUUGCAGGUAAUGACUCUGGGUUAAGUGUAGUCCAGUACAGUGGAUCGCAAGCCCAAGAAAUUGUCCGACUGGGCAAGGGGAUUGGUAGCCUCCUCGCAUUUAAACAGAAAGUGAGAGAAAUGAAGUGGCUGGCUGAGGCCACGUACACAGGCGAGGCCCUUGACUUUGCUCUGAAGAACACAAUCGUUGAAAUGACUCAUGAGAACAAAGUUGUUAUCGUUCUCACGGACGGACGUUCUGAUAUUUCAAGGGAUACGAUUCCCCUCAACGUACUCUGUGGUAAUGAUCUCCGGGUGGGUGGUUUAGGAGUGAAGGACUACUCAGGCCGUGAGCCCAACAACGAGCAGCUUGGGGAAUUGGUUUGUAAGAAUGACCCCAAACCAGGCUUUUCCUUUGUCCUGGACAACUUUGCAGAGCUGUUAGAUGACUCUUUCCUGCAGAACCUCACAGCCAGAAUCUGUCAAGAAAAGAGGUGCCCUGACUACAAAUGUCCCAUCUCUUUCUCUGAAAGUGCCGAUAUUUUGGUGAUGAUGGACAGCUCGGCCAGUGUGGGCCAGAAGAACUUUCAAACAAGCAAGGACUUUGUCCACCGCUUGGCCGAGCGUUUCCUGACUAGCGAGAAGAAGCGCGGUGCCACUGUCAGAGUGGGUCUGGGCCAGUACAGCCGAAGCGCCAGUAUGGAGCAGGCGCUAACUACCAAUUUGACCGUGCUGUCUCGUCGCAUCGAACAGGCGGCCUUCCAAAAUGACGGCACCGACGUGUUAGAAGCCAUGGCAUUUGCCAUGAAGAAUUUACGUGGCCGUGGGGAUGCAUCAGGAGGCAGGAAGAAGCUGGUGCUGUUCUCUGACGGCAGGUCUCAGGCCGUCACCGAGCCCCAGCUGGAAAAGCGCGUUCGUGAGGUGGCGGACGCCGGGGUGGAGCUCUUUGUCAUCUCCGUUGGCAGCCAAGUCAAUGAGGCCAACCUGCGCACGCUGGUGAGCAGGGGGCGGCGGGACGACAUCACCUACGCCCAGCGCCACCUGUUCCGUGUCCCAGACUACGCCUCUCUGCUCCGCGGAGUCUUCCACCAAACCGUCUCCCGCAGGGUGUCCAUGCCCUGAGGGAGGGGCCCUCGGACAACAGGACCAACACGCUUUAGAUUUUUAGUCCCAAUAUGAAUAUUCAGUCUCACUCAUUUACCAUACACUUUGUUUGAGUAAAACCUUUUUUUUUUUUUUUUUUUUUUUUUUUUAAAAAGUCUCACAAUAUGACGAAUGAUUGUGUGGCGCGUUAUUAUGUAACCCACGUAACUUUAGUGGUUAAGGUUAAGAUAGCCGAUUGGUCAGGGGAUAGGACCUGAACAAAUCGGGUUACGUUACCUUGCGUAAGCAUG